AAUCAGAGAAUCCUUUUCUUGAUGAAAGUGAAACAAAAACCCCUCCCCAAUCCAGUUGCAAUCCCUAAACCAAAGGUAUAAAAACCACAGAGUUCUUCUAACAUCAAUACAAAACCCCGUUAAAACCCUCCUUUCUGUUCCCUAUUCCCAAAACAACCAAAAGAAAAAGUCCCAAAACCUCAAUCAAACAAUAAUGAAUUCAUACAAUCCCACCAGCAACCUCGAUGCUAUCUUUCUUCAGUCUCUGAAUCCACUACGCCUCCACACCAAUCUCUUUCCCUCUCAAACCCCAAAACCCCAGCCCCAAGAAACCGACAACAAUGGCAACCACAGAGCUCAGAUACUGAAAGAGGAAAGAACAAUCGAGAGGGAGAUUAUCAAGGCAAUCACAACUGGGAAGCUCGACUCGCUGAAGCCCAACUCGGGUCAGUCCGUACCCAUUGGCGAACACUACGUGUGCGUUUCGUUUCACGACGAGUCUGACUCCGAUUGCAGAGUCUGGGAGUGGCACGGGCACGUGGUGUUUUACGACGAUGAAAAUGGGUACACGCAAGAGUACGUGUAUGGGAAUUACUUCGAGAGAAUGAUGACGACGAGGGAGGUUUUUGGUGACGAAAGCGAUGAAGAAGAUGAAAGCAACGAGCAAAGGAAUUUGGGGUUAGGAGACUUGAUUUCUAGCUUGAGUUUGAAUGAUGGUCAUCUCUUUUCUAGGAACAUGGGUUCCAAUUCUCGAAGGUCAUAGGAGCUUGUAUGUGGGCAAAAGAAGCCUGAAGAUAUAAAGAACAGGGAUUUUUCUUUUUCUUUUUUUUUUCUUUUUUUUCGCCAUUCGGUCUUUACAAACAGAUGUAGGUACAGCUUCAUUUUUUGUCUCUGAUGGAGAUCUGAAAGUUAGAAAAUGUACCCAAUUAUCACCAUAGCACUAGAAGUUCAAAUUGAGAAUCUUAAAUGCUUUACUUGUCCUUACAGCCAACAUAUUAUGCAGGAAUUGCCAUACCAUUUAUUUAAAUCACUA